AUGACGGGUGUAAAGGAGUUUANGACGAAGAAGGAAGCGGUGCAGAAGACGACGCUGAAGACAUGGAUUCUGAUUGAGAGCGACAUCUGUGCCAGUUUAUCUCGUCCCCCGGAUCCGCUGGCAGCAGGCCGCCAUGACGGGUGCGUGGUGACGUUGCUGAAGCCACAUAUUGUCUGUCGGAAAGGCGAGCGGAUGACUCCUGAGCAAACACGGCUCCUCAAGCUUAUGAACCAUCCCAUGGCAGAGUUCCGAGUCAACCUAGUUGCCGUGUGGAGCAAAGACGGGGUCGUUGAAAGACUCAAUCCUGAUGCUGACGGAGAAGAAGACGAAGAAGAAGAAGGAAGCGGUGCAGAAGACGACGCUGAAGACAUGGAUUCUGAUUGA